AUGCUGACAAUAAAGUGGCCGUAGAUCUUGAGGGUCCAUCAGGUGCCUUGGACCUUCUGGGAGGAUGGGAUCAUGUCAGGGCGUCCUCAGCUCCUUCCAGAGGAUGAAUGUGUUUUGUGUGGCCCUUCUGGUGCUCUCAUCCUCCAGGAGCCCCACCGCUGGCCCCUGCUCAUCUACCCGCGGUUCGUCUGCCUCUACCCCUUCGCCUCCAGCUGCGCCCUCGCCUCCAGCCCCGUGUUGGCGCCCGCCGGCCGCUGUGCAGUUGGCUAUGGUGCCUGUGCGAUGCCAGACCACUGGGUCAGCAGCGCUUUGCACCGUUAAUUUGUCCCCGCGGCUGCUUUUAACUCCUUUGUCUGCACCGGCCUCUCCUGCUACUCCCGCUUCCCUGAGCUGGAGCGUCCCCGGCUGAGCGAGGCGCUGCGGACGGCGGUGUCGGUGUACCCCUUCCUCCACGACAUCAUCUACCAGCUGAGUCGGGGUGUCCCAGGGCAGGGGUCAGGUGCCACCACCACGGGGUGUUCCCCCACCUCCCCACAGCUCCUUUUCUGCUUCUGGCGCAGUUGCGCCUGGAAUGAGGCUGUGGUACUGCUGCCACCGCCUCGUCGCACUGCUCACCCGCUUCUCCCCCGCAUCCCACCAGCCCGAGCGCCCGGCGCGCGGCCGCUUUGCCUGUGCCGGAGCGCAGCAGCCCCCGGUGCCUCGGCUUCAGCCCCCUCUCCCCAAAGCAACCCCUUGCAGCAGGAGCUGGGCAAGGAGUCCCAGCACCCAGGGUGA